AUGGAGAGCGAGACAGGAACACAGACCAGCUCUCCUUCCACCAGUCCUGCUCCUGCUGAACUAACUAAUGCCCUGCACCAAAGCCACCCCUUCGGCACAGUCAUCCCGAACCGGAUCUUUGUAGGAGGGAUCGAUGUUAAAACCAAUGAAAAUGAUCUCAGACAUUUUUUUUCUCAAUACGGAACGAUUAAAGAAGUGAAGAUUGUUAUUGAUCGAGCUGGAAUAUCAAAAGGGUACGGCUUUGUCACAUUUGAGACUCAGGAGGACGCGCAGAAAAUUCUGCAUGACGCUGACAGGCUGUGUCGUGAUAAAAGGCUAAACAUUGGCCAGGCUAUUCGCAGACAGCAAGUGGGAGGACAUUGCAAUUACAAUAUGGCAAGUCCAAGUCCCUCUCUGGCUGUCCCAUCUACGUUUAGCACCAUGUACCUGACCACUCCAACUGGAUAUCCCUACACCUACCACAACGGAGUCGCCUACUUCCAUACCCCAGAGCCCAACACACACAUGUCACACUGGCCUACUCCACAUCCGAUGUCUGGAUCUCCUGUCAUGGUGACACACUCUACUUCUUUCUGCACUCCUCAUCAGUGCCAGUAUAGACCUUGUGAUCAUUUCUUCAAAAAUAUAACUUCUUGCUCUAACUGGUUCUUUCUUUGCUUGUCUGUCUCUCAGGCUUCUUCUCAGUAUGUGUCUGGGCACGUGCCAUGGACUGUUCCUCAAGUAGAGUCUCCUGUGCCUGUCAGCCCGAGCCCUUUUUUAUAUAUCCAGCCUGCUGAGUUAAUGUAUCAGCCCAUGGAGAUGCCUGCAGACAAUGGCUGUGUUCAGUCAGCCAUGCCUGUGGUGGAGGCUUCUGUUCCUGAGCAUGAGCAAAAGUUCCACCAAGUCAGACGAGGUUUCUCCCACUUGCCGGUCCACAUGAAGCCUAGGUACUGCCGUGGCCCUCAUUAUACGCACCUGCGCAAAAACUACCGUCCGGAACUGGCCCACGUGCCCCCCGCUCCUGCCUCCUCCCCUGCACAGGAGGUGCUAAAAUAG